AGGGAGCUGGGGCAGGCGGUGGGACGUCACGUCGUUCGUGGGAGUCGGAGCAGUCAGUGUCCUCUUAUCCCUCGGACACGGUGCAGCCGGAGCAGGAGAGGGAUUCAGCGAUUCAGCGUCCAGAGACUCGUCGGAGCGGAAGGGGAGAGUCUCUCAACCAGGAUGAACUUUGCUGCCCAGUUGUUCUACUCCAGCUACCUGAACGAGCGACUCGAGAGACUGUUUUCACCGAAGCCUGCGAUUAAAGCCGGCGAGGACAAUGACCCCUUCUGGCAGAGGGAGGAGCUGCGUCUGGGCCCCUGCCAGCCCGGCGGCUCCUACAGCUGCGACCCGUUCUGCAACGGCGCCGUGGGCCGCGCCUCCACCCUCAUCGAGCCCGAGCGGCUGAAGGACUUCGGCGAGGAGGAUCUGCUCAACGGAGACGUGAAGGUGUUCGAGACCAAAGUGGUGGGAGGUCCCGAGAUCAAGCUCAUGGAUCCGCCCAAGACCCGGAGGCUGAGCGAGUUCCGGAUCGUCCCCAGGCCUCCGAUCCAGUACCUGCGCUUCGAGGACAUCAGCGCCGCCGCCUUCAGGAUCCAGUCAGGGAUCCAGAAGACGCCGUGUACGUACUCCAGACUGUCCAAACAGUACGGGAUGGAGAUCUACCUGAAGAAGGAGCACCUGCACUACACGGGCUCGGUGAAGGAGCGGGGAGUGCUGUACCUGCUCACCUCCCUCACGCAGGAGGAGCAGAGGAAGGGCGUGAUCGUGGCCACCGACUGUAACUUCAGCAUGGCCGUGGCUCACCACGCGGUGGAGCUGAAGAUCCCGGUGUUCGUCAUCAUGCCGUCGUGCUGCUCCUCCCCCCGUCUCAGGAUCUACAGGGACUACGGGGCCAUGGUCAUCUCCUACGGCAGCACCAGCCAGGACUCCCAGAAACACGCCCGGCACCUGGCCAAGGAGAACGGAUACCUCUACCUGGAAGAAGAUGAAAACGCAGCGUACCUGGCUGGACUGGGCACCGUGGGCAUGGAGAUCUACGAGCAGGUGCCCAAAGUUGAUGCUGUGAUUGUUCCUGCGGCCGGCCAGUACGGCCUCCUGGCGAGCACCGCCGCCGCCAUCAAACACCUCAACGCUGAGACGCUGGUCAUAGGAAUUGAACCGGAAGGUUUCCCUCUGCUGCUACAGUCUCUGAAAACAGAUGGACCAAUCACAGCCAUGCACGGAAACCCUAAUAAGAAACUUUAUGGAGAUCUAAUUGAGCGUUCGCUAGGCACCAACACCUUCCAGCUGGCAAAGAAAAUGGUAGAUAAAGUCAUAUCCAUCAGCGAGGAGCACUCGCUGGUGGCGAUGCUGCGGUUUCAGGAGUUUGAACGCUCCACCGUGGACACAGAAGGAGCCAUGGGCCUGGGCGCUAUCCUGGCGGGACAACUACCAGAACUAAGAGGAAAAAGGGUGGUGGUGGUGGUGAGCAGCGCCAACAUGGAGCCCGAGCUGAUGAGGCAGUGCGUGGACCGGGCUCUGGUCCUGGACGAGCGGGUCAGCAAGUUCUCCGUGCAGCUGGGGGAAUGGCCGGGAGACAUGGCCAAACUGCUGGACGUUCUGUCCAGGGAGGACGUCAGGCUGCUGGACGUCUGCCAUCGCAGGCACAGCGACAAGUCCGAGCUCUUCAAAGCAAAGGUGGAGUGUGUGGUGGAAACCAGAGACAGGACGCAAAGCGCUCAGCUGCGCAAGACGCUGAACGAACGCUACCCUUCGAUCCGCUGGCUGGACCGGUGAUCGCCACGGCAACCGCUCUCUCGCGCCAACUUCACCCACCCAGAGGAAGAUAAAAAAGGUCCAACAUGUGAGUGACGUGCAGACGACGAAAGCUGCGUGCACGUACGACACGGGAGCUCUGUUAUAUCAACCGUAUUCAGCCAGUGCUUGUUCAGCAGUGUGUAAACUGGAGAGCCAGGAGAUCGUAGGUCAGGUAUCGUGGAUAUAACUGCCAUUAUUUCUGCUGCUAUUGUUGUUGUUCAUCUUAAGCGUCCUGCUUAGUGUGAAGUGGUUGAAGAGGAAGAUUAGAGUUCUCGCCUGCUUUUAGCUGCAGACCGGUAGAUGCAGGUUCACUCCUCCCGUGUACUCACAGAUUCAAUUAACACAGAUAUAUUUUUCAAUUAAUAAUGUUUUUGAAAUACUGUACAUAUUUCUGUAUUUAUAUUUUCCAAGCGAUAGUAAAAAAAAAGUAUUCUCUGAAUAAAACUGGACAAAUGAAGCCUA